GGGUGCCGGGGGGAGGAGAAGGUGGAAGGAUGAGUGGCAAUGGGCUCAUUCUAACUACACCGACUCCCGACGAAACCUCAGCAAUUGUCCAGUUGAAACCAGUUGCUAUGUCCGGGGAGACCGGGGAAGACACCUCCGUCUUCGAGGACAUCAAACCGGCCAUAAGGAUCUUGGAAAAUCCGCACGACCUGACCCAGCUUGAUCCAGUAAGGAUGGAUCAUCGGCUGCAGCUUGCUAUGGAGGCCCAGGCCGAAAUGGACAAAUACCUGUCUGGCCCGCUGCCCCCCGAGUCGUUGCUCGCCGACAAGAAAUACCGCCGGGAGAGCGCCUCGGUGGUGGACGAGUUCUUCUCCACGGACAAGGGCCCCUCCACGCCGUACAGCGUCAACAUCAACGUGAUCCUGCCGGACACCACCCACCUGCGCACGGGCCUCUACCGGCCCCCGAAGCCCCUCCCGGCCUUCCCGCAGAUCAAGACGGAGCCCGGCACCGGCUUCGCCCAGCCCUGCCCCUCGGCGGCCUCCGUCACCCAGACCCUGCCGGACUUCACCAGCGUCUUCAGCAUGCCGCAGUCGGUGGCGGUGAACAACAUCUUCAUCAAGCAGGAGAUGGCGGGGGAGAUGGCCCUGUCCGGCGGCCCCCAGCCCACCCCGCUCUAUCCGCUGCCCAUGGGCGGGGGAGGCCUGGGGGCGGGGGACGUGGCCAUGGCUGGGCCUUCCCCAGGGGGCACUUCCGCCAUUAACAGUCUCAACGGCAUCGCCAUGACAGCAGGGAGCAGCGGGGCCUCCCUCCACCGACCUCCCCGGCCCAGCGGGCCGGUGAAGCCUUUUCAGCAUCUCCCCCAGGGGCAGGGGAGCUUUGGGCUCUCUGGGCAGUACUACCCCACCCCGGGGGUCUCUCUGCCCCCCUCGCCCCCAAACUCCCAGCCCGGCAGCCCGGAGAAUCAGCCCGAGCUCAUCAACACCCUGUCGCCUCCGCCCUCCUACGAAGCCACUUUCGGACUGAAGCUCGUGCAGUCGGCCCAGAUCCACCCCAUCCCCAACGGCCUGGGGACCCUCCCGCCGGGUCACGUGAUCAUGCAGGCCCCGAAAUUCAACCGGCGGAACAAUCCCGAGCUCGAGAAGAGGAGGAUUCACCACUGUGAUUAUCCAGGUUGUACAAAAGUUUACACCAAGAGCUCUCACCUGAAAGCCCAUCAGAGAACCCACACAGGAGAGAAGCCGUACAAAUGCACCUGGGAAGGCUGCGACUGGCGCUUCGCCCGGUCCGACGAGCUCACCCGGCACUACCGCAAGCACACGGGGGCCAAGCCCUUCAAGUGCGCCGCUUGCGGGCGCUGCUUCUCCCGCUCCGACCACCUGGCCCUCCACAUGAAGAGGCAUCAGAACUAAACGUCACGCCCCCGGCCACCUCCCCCGGCCCCGGUCCCGACCCCAGCCCAUGAGGGGGACCCCUUCCUUCCUCCCCUGCCGGCGGACAACUCCUCUCAGACCCCAAAACCUUCGCUGAGCUGUGAACCGGGACCAAAUGCGACAGCACAGGUCGUGUGUGCCCACCUAAUAACGCCUGUUCCCACACACAGGGGAAGAGGCUGACUUACACCCACUGGACCAGCCUGAAUUCCUCCCACCUUUUAUUUUCCUCCUUAGACAUAUGCCCUAAUCAAGACAAAAAAGAAAUAUCUAGCAGCAAAGACCGGGUCCACGCAGAGGGAGGCCUUCUUUGGACUAUAAAACACUUGGUUUUCAAGUAA